AAUCCGUUUUCGAUCCGAAUGACUUUCAUUAUUUAUGUUCUGCGGAAGUGAAUUCUCAAGUGUGAAUCUUGUCCCGCCGGUGGAUUUUUAGUGAAUUUCAUAAAGAAAAAAAAAUUCUGCAAAACUGGAUACAUUUCGGAAAAUUCUGAAAGAGUAUGAAGAAAAGUGACUAGUCAAUUUGUGCAUUGAAGUAUAACAUAAUUACACGACAAAACGCUUCAACUUCAAGGAAUGAUCGAGGAACAAAUAGUGUCGGUGCCAAUGUUUCCAAUGGACAUGAAAUACCAUCCACCACCAGGAAGUGGAGCAAUGUUAACAAAUGGAGUCCUUCAGCCGACAGCAAUAAAUGCACAAUUGACAGAGUCCGAUAAUGUCAUGGGAAUUUCCAGCAUGAGGACAACCAACGGUUGCGGUCUAGUUUGCGGAAGAGAUGAUAACCCACCCGGAGCUCCAGUGACGUCAAUAAUGGGGACACUUAUGGUUAAGUGCGGUUUCUGCUACCAACCAAUUUGUGACCGUUACAUAAUGCGAGUAGUGAACACAUCCUACCACGAGGGCUGUCUCAAAUGUACCGCAUGCUCCAUCCGCCUCGUCCAUUCCUGCUUCACACGCGAUGGGAAGCUUUAUUGCCGAUUGGAUUAUGAAAGACAUUUUAGCCGGAAUCGUUGCCUAGGCUGCGGCGACAAAAUCAACUCCGAGGAGCUUGUGAUGAGGACUCUUGAGAAUGUCUUUCAUGUGAAAUGUUUUUCCUGCGUUGUGUGCGGCACACAGCUCAAGAAAGGCGAACAGUAUGUGAUAAAGCAAGGACAGCUAUUCUGUCGGCACGACUACGAAAAGGAAGUGGAGAUGUUGCAGAAUAUCGUGUCUGCUUUCUUAGCAGAGGAUUUCUAUGGCGACGACUUAUUUCCACCGAAAAUUGAUGGACGCCGUGGACCCAAGCGGCCACGUACAAUAUUAAAUACUCAACAACGACGUGCGUUCAAAGCGUCCUUUGAAAUAUCCCCAAAACCAUGUCGAAAAGUUAGAGAAAAUUUAGCCAAAGAAACUGGAUUAAGUUUAAGGAUAGUACAGGUUUGGUUUCAGAAUCAGAGAGCAAAAAUGAAGAAGAAUCAAAAGAAAGCGAAAGUUGAGUCAAAGGGAAAUAGUGAAACUGAUUCACAGGAAUCCGACGGCAGUCUGACGAAAAUUAAGGACGAACAACAAAGUGAUAGUGAAUCCUUGGAAAUGCCAUUUAAUCUUACUGAAAAAUUACACUCACCCAAAGAAAGAUUUGAAGACGAUGGUCAAUAUAAUGGAAACGAAGUGAAUAAAGAAAACUGCAUAAAAAACAUGGAACCGCCCCAUCUGAACACAAUACUUGGAUUGAAUUAUGCAACGUUACAACAAAUGAUGUCACCCUUCGCACAAUCACAAAUGUUGAAUCCCAUCGACCGAUUGUACAGCAUGCAGAGCUCUUAUUUUCGACCUGAUGAACUUGGUUAUUCCGACGUAAAGGAGGGAGCAGAAAAUUAGACACUUUUAUUAGAUAAUCACUGUAACUGAUAAGGGCAAA